UCUCUGCGCCGUUGCUGCCGAGGAAAGCUGUUGUGUGACGACAUCAGCAGCCUCGCCGCUCGCAGCCGAUACAAACCCACAAUCCCUCUGGGUUUUGUCCUUCUCAGACUAAUAGAUAACCGCGUAACCUCCCAGCUGGUCUAUAAAACAUAAACUCGGCUUUAUUGCUCAAACGCCCGUCGGACCGCUGGAGGCACAGUGUCCCUGCGGCCUAUCAGCGCUCACGUGGUUCCUCACUCCGCUGCUCGUCCUCUUUCCUUCUAUCUGUAAGUAUGAAGGAUUCUGCAGCUCUGGCGGACGACUCGGAAGGCCGAGACUACGAGAGCAUCACCUCCUUCCUCGGGUCCUGGGGACCCUUUCAGCGAAGGAUUUUCUUAGCGCUCGCCAUCAGUAUCGUCCCCAAUGGCUUUUUUGGCGCCUACAUAGUGUUCGUGGCCGCCACGCCGCCCCACGAGUGCCACGUCCCGGAGAACGCCAGCAUCAGCGACGCGUGGAGGAACGUGACCAUCCCCACGGAAACGGUGGACGGCGUCGCCAGGCGCAGCUCGUGCUCCAGGCUGAACCUGGCGACGGUCAGGCGAUACUCCGCCGAGAGUUUCGUCCCAAACGUGGACGUGAACGUGAGUGAGAUUCCGCUGGAGAGCUGCCGGGACGGUUGGAAGCACAGCAGGGAAAUCUACCGCUCGACCAUCGUCACCGAGUGGGACCUGGUCUGUGACGACGCGUACAAGUCUCCACUGGCCACCUCCAUCCACUACGCGGGCGUUCUGGUCGGCGGGCUGCUCUCAGGCCAGAUAUCUGACAGGUACGGAAGGAGGCCGGCGCUCUUCCUCACGAUGGCCAUUCAGACCGUGUCGAUCACGGCACAGAUAUUCUCCCCGAGUUGGGAGAUCUUCACCCUGAUUUUCUUCUUCGUUGGUGCCGGGGGAAACUCCAACUACACUAUUGCGUUUGUGAUGGGGACAGAAAUUCUGAGCCCGAAGGCGCGCGUGUUCUUCUGCUCGCUGGGCGUGUUCAUGGGCUCCGCUCUGGGGUACAUGGCCCUGCCGGCGGUGGCCUACUUCCUGCGAGAUUGGCAGACGUUGCUGAUCGCCAGCGCCGCCUCCAGCGCGCUCUACGUCCCUCUGUGGUGGUUGGUCCCAGAGUCUCCUCGCUGGCUGCUCUUCCAGGGAAGACUGAAGGAGGCCGAGGACAUAUUGAGAGACGCUGCCAGGAGCAACAACGUCGAAGCACCGGAGGAAAUAUUUACACAAGCGGAGACCCACAACGCACUGGCCAUGAGAGACGAGAAACACAACAUCUUGGUCAUCGUGAAAAGCUGCAACAUGUUCUCACUCACACUAGUGUGCUCGUUUCUGUGGAUAGUGGUGAACGUGGGGUACUACGCGCUGGUGCUCAACACCUCCAGCAUGCACAGCGACCCUUACCUGAGCUGCUUCCUGUCGGCCGUGGUCGAGGUGCCGGCCUACAUAAUCGCCCUGCUGCUGCUCAAGUACUGCGGCAGGCACUUCUGCCAGUCUUCCACGCUCUUCUUCGGGGGCGUUUUCAUCCUCCUCGUUCACCUCAUUCCGACCGACAUUACGAGUAUCCCUGUGGUCCUGGAGAUUUUGGGGAAGUUCUGCAUGACAUCAUCGUUUUGCGUGGUGUACACCUACACGUCAGAGAUCUUCCCCACCGUUGUCAGAAACACAGCGAUGGGUUGUUGCUCCAUGGCUGCUCGCAUCGGAACCAUCACCGCGCCCUUCAUCAUUUAUCUGGCAAAAUACUACAAAGCGCUGCCAUACAUAUUGAUGGGAGGUAUCGCCAUUGGUGGCGCCUUCUUGUGUUUCCUGCUGCCGGAAACCUUUGGAAAGGCUUUGCCAGAGACCGUUUCACAAAUGCAGCCGAUAUGCGGGAGAGGAGGAAGAGAAAAGGAAGCAGAACGAGAAGAAAAAUAUCAGACUAAAGAAAGCAAGUUAUGAUUUUUGAAGCGUUUUACUCACCUGUUUGCUUCUAUUUUGAUUCUGUACGGUGAAUUGUGGUUUGAAAUGUCGCACAGUGACACCCGCUCAACUUGUUUUUGUAAUAAAUUGAAUAUUUGACAGAACACGUGAGACUCUUUACCUCGUCACGUGUUUCCAGGUUUAGGGGAAGGCUUUUACAUCGGCGGCCGCGCAUGCGCAGGCAUAGCGCCGUGAACUCAAUGUACACACUCAAGUCCGUAGUGACGUCAGAGGAAAGGUUCGAUCUGCACGUGCAGAGCUGACGUUUCCCGGUUAAUUUCUCCUAUGGUCGAGGAAACGCGCCAUUGUUGAUUAAUAAGAGGGAUGUUGAAGCUGAAAAGAGGAAAAUAACUAAAACUGCGGCUCUGGGUGCGCGUGGGCAGCCCCCCGCGAUGACGUCAUCCGUUUCCGUGGGAAGCCUGCAGUCAUUUUCACUUUCAAUUCAAACCGAACGGGACACAUUUAAAGUCGAAAGACACAGCGCCGUUUACCCGCGUCGUGUUGCGGGAGAAGCGAGCGCAGGUCGGCGGGGUCGAACCCUCGGCGGGUCUCCCGAGUCCAGGUGGUGGUUCGGUGACUCGGUCCCCCUCGACGAGGACACGGGUGGAUUUCAGCCGAGACGCGCCGCCCGGGGACAAACGGGACCAUCUGGACCGACGAGGAUUCUGGCAGUGCUACUGAACCGCUUCUCAUUUGGAGAUGUCCUGAAGGUGCUACGGUGCAGCGGCUCAAGGUACCAAAGCGGUCUGGUCGCCUCCACCAUCUGGUUGCCUCCUUUAUGCUCAUUUAUCACAUUGAUUGGUUGAUCAACCUCCAUGCAGUGUUGUGAGUAGAUGAACUCAGAAAAGCUAAUAACUGUUGUGUGUAGAGAUAAAGAAAUAUAGAAUCACCAUUUUCUGUCAGGAUCCUCACCUCUGGUUCACACGUUUUGUCUGGAUAAUCUUUCACAUUUUUGUUUAAUAAAUCUUUAAAAAACAA